UGACUAUAAAAGCACACACACACACACCACAGCUCACAGAGCUGUCUCCCAGCCCUUCCCUGAGAGUCCAGUUGGUGUGCAAGUCCACAAGACAGCAGAGAGCAAGGCAGGAUUCUGAGGAGCCUGUCCUGGUGAGAACCCAGAGAACUGCUGCCACCUUCACAGCAACCAUGGGAGAGAAUGCUGGCAGUGAUCAGGUCAAGGAGAAUCUGAUUGACCUGAGAUGUCACUUCACAUGGGAGCUGCUGUUGGAAGACAUUGACAUACCUGAUUUGGAAAUGAGGAUCUCUGAGGACCUUGAGUUCCUAGACGUCAAGGAUACAGUGGGAAUCCUCAACCUCCAGGCCUAUGUGAGACACCUGAAAGGCCAGCAUGAGGAAGCCAUGCACAGCUUGAAAGAAGCAGAAGCCUUCAUCCAGGGAGAACAGUUGGGCAAGAGAAGCCUGGUUACGUGGGGCAACUGUGCCUGGGUGCAUUACCACAUGGGCAGCUUGGCAGAAGCCCAGACCUACCUGGACAAGGUGGAGAACACAUGCAAGGAAUUGGGCAGUCCCUACCGCUAUAGUAUGGAGUGUCCUGAGAUGGACUGUGAACAAGGCUGGGCCUUGCUGAAGUGUGGAGGACAGAAUUAUAAACGAGCCAUGGCCUGCUUUGCAAAGGCUCUGGAAGUGGAGCCUGAAAACCCUGAAUAUAACACUGGCUAUGCUAUUGUAGCCUAUCGUCUAGAAUGUGAUCACAAUAAUACUUCUCUAGAACCCCUAAGGAAGGCUGUCAGGUUAAAUCCAGAAGAUCCAUAUAUUAAAGUUUAUCUCGCACUGAAACUUCAGGAUGUCGGAGAAGCAGCUGAAGCAGAAACACACAUUGAAGAAGCACUCAGUAGCACAUCCUGCCAACACUAUGUCUUUCGCUAUACAGCCAAGUAUUACCGAAGGAAAGGCUGCCUAGACAAGGCUCUCCAUCUGCUACACAGGGCCUUGCAGGCGUCACCUGCCUCUGGCUACCUGCAUUACCAACUAGGGCUCUGCUACAAGCAACAGAUGAUCCAACUGAAGACAUCCAGAAAUGACCAGGCCAGAAGGCAGGACAGUGUACAGAAAUUGGCACAACAGGCCAUUUGUGAAUUUCAAGAGGCUGUGAAACUCAGGCCCAGGGUUGGGAUGGCUUAUGUUUGCAUGGCUGAAGUACAGGCAGAAAUUGGCCAAUAUGAAGAAGCAGAGGCAAAUUUCCAGAAGGCGCUGAACAUGAAGAAUCUUGAGUGUCACAUAGAGCAGGAUAUUCAUUUCCGCUAUGGUCGUUACCAACAAUUUCAUCAGAAAUCAGUUGAUAAGGCGAUCACCCAGUACUUAAAAGGUUUGAAAAUAGAAGAAAAGACCUUUGUCUGGAGGAAACUACUCACAGCUUUGGAGGAAGUGGCCACAAGACAUGCUCGCCAGCAUGUUCGACUUGUGGAGAGCACCAGCUUGCUUGGGUUAGUCCACAAACUGAACGGGGACAAGGAGGGUGCCCUGCAGUUCUAUGAGAGGGCUCUGAGGCUCACUGGGGGAGUGAACCCUGAGUUUUGAAUGCAGCUCACCUCUGAGAAGUGAAUGUACUCAUUACUGAGGGUUCCCGGCCUCCUUCCCAGUUUCUUUCUUCAACUUCAUGGCUUGCUGGAAUGCCAAGUAGCUCAGUGCAUGUGCUGCUGCCACCAUUUCUCACCCCUCAUUGUCCUGUCCAGAAGAAACUUGCAUCCCACUACAUCUUCUCACUUACUGACCAGGACUGACCCCUGCUGAUCUGCACUCCCUUGAGCCCUGGGAAUCUAGGACAUCUUUUCCUUAUGUCUGUGUCUUGGGAAUGAAAGUCUUCUAUCCUCUGCCUGCCAGUGUCCUGGACAAAGAGGUCUUCUCCAGGAAGCUUUUACUUUAGGUCAGCAGAUACUCUUAAUAGAGUGCAAUGUCAGAGAAAACCAAGUGAGCAAAGGGGAGAGUUUGUACCUGAGAGGUCUCCCCUUACUGCAGAAUCAUUCACGGCUAAUAAGAGUCUUAAGUUUGGGGAAAGCCAAGCAGAGGAAACCUGCCGGAAACCUUGCAGACAGGACGAUAUAAGGAGAUAGGUCCACUUUUUCGAUGCUAUUGAUAGUGUGUUAUAUGUGAUGUUUUCCCCUCAAAUAAAAUAUAUUCAGUAAAAUUCCUUGAAUCACAAAGUCUUCCCGAGUA